AUGAUUCUGGGAGUGCUCGCCAUCGUUAAUACAAAGUUGCAAAGAAUCCAAGUUCGAGUAACGCUCUCUUGUUUUGGCAAGCCGGUGCAUGGAACCACGGUGGAACUUUGGAAGAGAAAUGAGGAAGGUCCCAACGAUCGUCUUAACGCAACGACCGCUUUCAAAAAUGGCACUUUCUAUGUGGAUGGAAGUGACGAUGAGGAGGACGCCCUUGAAUCAUUCCUUGUGAUUAUACACAACUGCAAUGUGACAUGUAAGGGCUGUUAUCGAUCAGUAGUGCGUGAGCUCAGAGAUUCGUGUCCGUGGAAGAAGAAGAAGACGAUAGGCGAUAGAUUCUUUGGUGUGGGAGGGAUACAUCUGGAACGGAAAGAUGCGUACUGA